AUGACCUAUUAUAGCACCUGCAAGCAACUUAGUUUCGGGAGGACAAAUUUCGGUAGACCUACCACGAAGAGUGAUACAACGAUGAUAAAUUAUUCGAAAAACAGCACCGAAACAGAAAGUCUCAAAACUGUUAGAAGCAAUAGUACCAAAAGGUCCCGACAUUUCGAUCAUUUAUUCACGACGAGGCUUUCAGAUGGAAAUAUUUUCAAGAUCACCGAUGAAAAGACGUACAAAGAAGCGUUGAAAUAUCAUUUUCACGGACAGAAAGGAGCUUACCGCAAGUUUAACAACCUUCUGAGUAAGUUAAAAGUUGCGACACCAACAGGAGGCGAGGUGGACAUUAUGAUAAGGCUAGUUGACAGCUUGCGCGGAAGGAAAGACUUGAUUGAACACUUGACAAUACUACUUCCCAGUUUCUGCUCAUUGGAAAUGCAGAAGGAUGCUUUAGUUUUAAAAGUUUGUAACCUACUUGAUUCAACUUUUUAUUGUUUUUUCACCAAUCAAUCAAACGUUUUAAACUGCAUAUUAAUUUAUCGUGCCAGAUGUCGUCAGAACGUUGAUCUAUUUUUAAACUUUCUUGUCGUCAAUUUGAAAGGUGAAAUUAUAUUUUUAAAAACUUAUCGAUUUCAAACAAGUUCUUACUAUACGGUAAACGCGGAUAAGAUGGUGCGCACCUUAUGUUUCACGGCAAAGGAGAGACUAAGAUUUGACAAAAGUGUUUCGUGGACGUGUCGCUCUGAAAAGUUUUGUAAUGAGAUGACUCUGAAGCAAAAAUCUUUUAAUGUUAUGUCUGACCAUUAA